AUGUUCCGGGGCGGGCGUGGCGGCGGUCGCGGCAGAGGCGGCGGGCGCGAUGGCGGCGGCAGGGGCGGCGGCCGCGGCUUUGGCGGCCGCGACGGUGGCGGUCGCGGCAGGGGCGGCGGCCGUGGCGGCCGCGACGGGGGUCGCGGUGGCCGUGGCGGCCGUGGUCGCGGCGGCGUGCAGAAGGGCGGCCGCGGCGGCAUGAAGGGCGGCGCCAAGGUGGUCGUAGAGGCGCACCGCCACGAGGGCGUCUUCAUCGCGCGCGGCAAGGAGGACUCGCUCACGACGCGCAACCUCGCGCCCGGCGUGUCGGUCUACGGCGAGAAGCGUGUCUCGGUGGAGCAGCCCGAGGGGGAGAAGGUGGAGUACCGCGUGUGGAACCCCUUCAGGUCAAAGCUGGCCGCCGCCAUCCUGGCCGGCCUCGAUAACAUCUACAUCAAGCCGGGGUCAAAGCUGCUCUACCUCGGAGGCGCGAGCGGCACGAGCGUGAGCCACUGCAGCGACCUGGUGGGCCCCGAGGGCGCCGUCUACGCAGUGGAGUUCAGCCACCGCAGCGGCCGCGACCUGGUCAACAUGGCUAAGCAGCGCCCCAACGUGAUCCCCAUCAUCGAGGACGCGCGGCACCCCCAGAAGUACCGCAUGCUGGUGCCCAUGGUGGACGUCGUGUUCGCUGACGUGGCGCAGCCCGACCAGGCCCGCAUCGUGGCCCUCAACGCGCAGCACUUCCUCAAGAACGGCGGCAACUUCGUGAUCAGCAUCAAGGCGUCCUGCAUCGACUCGACGGCGGCGCCGGAGGCGGUGUUUGCGCGGGAGGUGAAGAAGCUGCAGGAGGCCCAGCUCAAGCCCCGGGAGCAGGUGACCCUGGAGCCCUAUGAGCGCGACCACGCCAUGGUGGUCGGCGUCUACCGGCCGCCACCCAAGGCCGCAAAGGCGUGA